AUGGUCAACAAGGCAGUUCGAGUCACCAAGGCCAACGGCGCUUUUGUCGAAACGCAGGCCAAGCCGUUCUCUGCUUCGGACUUGGAUGCGGAUGAGGUGCUGAUCAAGAACGUGGCUGUUGCAUCCAACCCCAAGGACUGGAAGCUGGCUCUGUACGGGCUUUACGAGGGCAUCGAGGGCAACGAUGUUGCUGGCCACAUCGCGGCAGUGGGUGCCAAUGUCAGGCAUCUGAGCAAGGACGACCGGGUCAUCGCGUUCACUCGUAUGGCCUCGGGCGACAAGUACGGCGCAUACCAACCGUACACGGUGGCACCUGCAUGGACGACCGCCAAGCUGGCGGAUAAUGUCUUCCUGGAGGACGGCGCUACGCUGCCGCUCGCCGUGACCACGGCCUUUGUCGGAUUGUACGACAAGCUAGGCCUGCCCGAGCCCACAUCUGAUGGCAAGCCUGCGCCUGAGGCUGACAAGGCGACGGUACUCGUUUGGGGAGCGAGUUCUUCGGUGGGCGCGUAUGUAGCGCAGCUCGCCAAGAUCUCUGGCUUCAACACAGUUGCUGUGGCUGGAGCUGCUCGAGAUGCUGUCGAGGCGCUCGGGAUCCCAGCCAGCAAGAUCGUCGACUAUCGCGCCGAGCGCGCCACGGUGAUUGAGAACAUCAACAAGGCCGCGGGCGGCUCUGCUUUCACUCAUGUGUACGACUGCAUCUCGACGCAGGAGACGGUGAACACGAUUGUCGAGCUGCUGUCGACGCCGCCAAACCAGGGCGGCAAGGUGACGACGGUGCUGAACAGCGCGUACGACGACGCCGAUGCGAAUGCGAAGCUGAGCAAGGAGAAGGGCAUCAGCUUUGACAGGACCAUGUGCGGCAGCGUACACGCAGACAAGAAGGAGUUCGGCACGCGCUGGUUCAAGCAGGUGACUGACUGGGCGGAGGAGGGCAAGCUGCAGCCGAACAAGGUGCAGCUGCUCGAGGGUGGUCUGGACGGCAUCCCUGCGGGCCUCAAGCUGCUCCAGGAGAACAAGGUCAGCAACCGCAAGCUAGUUGACAAGGAUAGGAGGCCGGGUGAGCUGGUCAUCUGGACCGCAAAAGCCGAGUAG